UGCCUGCCUUCCCUCUUGUAAACCCUGGUGACAACAAAAUUUCGCCACAUUAAGGAGGAAGUCCCAGCCAUGGAUAUUACAGCACCAGACACCGCUAGGAAAAGCUCUGCUACCUUUUCCAUAGAGGUUCUGCAGUCAGACUUAAAUAAAGAUAUGGAUAACCCUGAUUUAGGCAUUCAUGUUUGUGAGGGGUGUGGGACCAACUUUGAGACAAGGCGAGGUCUCUCCAGUCACGCCCGAUCUCAUCUCCGGCAGCUGGGCGUGGCUGUGUCUGACAGCAGUGGAGCUCCAAUAGACCUCUUGUGCCAGCUAAUUAAAGAACGAGGUGGAACUCUACCCAAACUCAAAACUCAGCCCAGCACUGUUAAAAAGUCCAAACACAAAUCCCCCAGCAACAAAAAGAACACUGGGCCAAAACUAAAGAUUAAAAUAUCCAACCUUGUUAAGAAAAAAUAUGCCAUAUCCUCCUCUUCCUCAACUGCUGUGAAAGGAUCAGUCAAGUCUGGUCCACGUUCUUCGCCUAUGGCUGUAGUGAAACCUCGUAAAGCCUCGUCAAAGUUGACUGCAGUGUCCACACCAUCUUCAUUCUCGUCUCCCUCCAAGGCUGUUGAGUCCAGUCUCAGUGAUGCCAGUCCAUCUACUACCUCCUCACUGGCCAUUGCCAAGCCCCUCUGGGCCCCUCAGGAAACAGACGCUCCACUCAAUUUAACAACUAUGAUGAAUUCCAUAGCGAGGGAUGAUGUCCAUGUGUGUGAAUUGUGUGGAGCAUGGUACGAGACACGUAAAGGUCUCUCCAGUCAUGCCCGGGCCCAUCUGCGCCAGUUUGGGGUGAAUUUGGACUCAAAAGGUGCUCCCAUAGAGGUCCUCCAUAAAAUCAUUCAGAGUGAGGAGUUCCAGGAAAAGGCCACUGCCGGGCAACUGGAGGGGUUAUCCGUUUUUGAGGAUUAUACUUCACUCUCCUCUACUCCUUCCACCUCUUCUGCCAUCAGCAAACAUCCCUCUCUUUUCCCUGUCUCAUCUAAAGAACUGAUUUCCAUGAAUCCAACACCACCCCCAAAGAAAAAGCAGAAACUUUCUCCAGAUGUCUCGGAACUGUCACUUGGUAGAAAAACGGAACUGAAAUUGCCUACUCCAACCAAGAAGAAGAAAAGUUCACCAGAUGUUUCAGGGAGCAUGACCCUCAGCGGAAAAGCUGCAUUGAAAUUACCAUCUUCAACCAAAAAGCAGAAAACUACCCCAGAUGUUUUAGGGAGCAUGACCCUUGGUGGAAAAGCAGAAUUGAAAUCACCUACCCCAACCAAAAAGCAAAAAAGUUCACCGGAUGUCUCCGGGUGCAUGACCCUUAGUGCAAAAGCAGAACCAAAAUCGCCUACUCCAACCAAGAAGAAGAAAAGUUCACCAGAUGUUUCAGGGAGCAUGACCCUCAGCGUGAAAGCUGCAUCAAAAUUACCAUCUUCAACCAAAAAGCAGAACACUACCCCAGAUGAUUCCGAGUGCAUGAGCCUUGGUGGAAAAACAGAAUUGAAAUCAUCUACCACAACCAAAAAGCAGAAAAGUUCACCAGAUGAUUCAGGGAGCAUGACCCUUAGUGGAAAUGAAGAAAUUAAAUCACCCUCUCAAGGUGAAUCAUCGAAAGGUGUCAAAUGUGAGUUCUGUCACGAGAAGUUUAAGAAGAGUCAGAGCUUGGCCAGUCAUGCCCGCUACCACCUGCGACAGCUGGGCAUCACUGAGUGGACUGUCCGUGGGUCUCCAAUGGCCACUCUGCGAGAAGUGAUGACCCGCCGUGAUGCUCCUGCUGGUUCUCUCAAACCCCUGGGAUCACCUUCACUGCCCCCACCUGCAUCCACCUCUGUACCGUCCACUGUACCAUAUCUUCCCUCAUCUCCUAAACCCCUUACCCAGACGUCCUCUUCUCCUCCUGUUCCUCACAAAGUCCCGAAGGCCAGGAAAGGCAAUAGGACUGUGGUCCCAACACCAAAGGAUGAGCCUAUGGAAGUUGAUAUCUCUAUCUUAGAGUCUCACAAGCCACAAAGCACACCAACCAUCCCUUUACCAUCCCAGAAUGUGUCUAGUCCCACCACAGUUAAACCACUAGUGACUGCCCCUAAGCCCGAGCAGCAAGACUCCACUCAGUUUGUGUGCUGUGACUACUGUGGCGAGAUGUUUGAUACUCGUAAAGCCUUCUCCUGUCAUGCACGGGGUCACUUACGACAGCUUGGUGUAAAGUGGUCCUUGAAGGUGCCGCCAAUAAAAGCCCUAUAUGAGCUCAUGAAGAGGGAGGGCACUGAAAAGGCAUCAGCGGUCAAACCGGAACAUGGCGUUGGGGCAGCAGUACAGUGGAAAAGGCCAGCAUCCUCACCCUGCGCGGUUACUCCAUCACCUGAGAAAACUGCCUCAGACAACACGACUACAAGCUGUGAUGCCACCUGUGAACUAUGUGGUUUUGAUUUUGAAAAUCGAAAGGCACUGGCCAGCCAUGCAAGGGCCCAUCUUAGGCAGCAGGGAGUGGAUUGGAAAAUCAUUGGCUCACCUAUUGAAACCCUGACUGCCUGGAUGCAGAGUGAACCGGAGAAAGUAGCAGAGCUCCACAAACGCUACAUGCAGGGGCACCUGCCUUUUGUCAAGAAGGGCUCUAGAAGAAGCUCCUCUUCUCCAUACCCUUCCUCAGACUCUGAGGAUGUCCGUCUUGGUUCUCAGAAAGCUUCAUCAGCAGCUCGAGUCUCUGCAGUUCAGCCCCAGGUAUCCCAGCUCUCCAAAGGACCUAUGGGAGUGGCACCUGCUAGAGAGGGCAAAGCAGGGCUGAGCCACUCCUCCUCACCACAGCACAGGAAACGCCCCUCACAGGGUGAAGCUCCACUGUCUUCAGACAGCCUGAUUCAGACCACCACGGCCCGCAGUGAAUUUGCCGUUCGUUCACCUAGAGGCUCUGAACGGCGUUCUACUAAGCAUUCAUCCCACCGUGAGGGCAUAUCAGGGGAGACCGAACCUUCAAAGCCUUCUCGGGUAGGAAACAUUCCAUCCUUGGUGCCUAGACCACCAGAGACCAGCCUGGUAAAGCUGGUAGGGAAGGUGUACUCUCUCAAGUGCAGGUUCUGUGAGGAGGUUUUCGAAGGACCACUCUCCAUACAGGAGGACUGGGUCAUGCACUUACAGCAACACAUCCUCAAGCUCAAAAAGAAUUCAACCUCAUCACCCCAGUCGAGUGAAAGCAGGGGUCCCGUACAGUCUCCUCUCACCCACACAGAAGCACCACUUCUUAUCGGCCCACAGGCUAUGUAGAUGCUCUCUCUGCUGUGGUCUUUCUUUUCAUAAGUUUGAAAUUAUGCAGCUACACUACACUGACUCUUUCCUGCAGAUAUGCCUUUAUUUCCUAGACCAUAACUGUCAAUUGUAAUACUGUUUUGUUUUAAACUUUUAGCUAUUUUGUUUUUACUUUUAGAUGAAAAUGUUUGUACAGCACUACUGAAAGCGAUUAUGACCACAGCCUUUCCUAUCUGUCAAGUGUUUUCCAGUGAUUUAUCUGAAUGUAUUUGAAUGUUUAUAAUGUUAUCACAUUUUAGCUGGUAUUUUCUUGGUUAAAAAGAUUUCAAACCUGUUGUUUUGUACUGUAUGUAAGGAACGUUUGCAUUGGUGCUCAAGUUGAGUUUUUAAGAAGGUUUUAUUGUUUUAUGAACAAAUGAAUACAUGUUGACCAGGAUUUGGUUUUUGAUUUUAAAAUAGUAGAAUUUGGAAUAACAUUGCUCUUCACAUAAGUGAAAAAUGAUUUCAGAUUCUUCAGUGCCGACAAGUCCAAUCAAAUGGAUUACAUCAGAUUUAUGUAUGUAUUAAUGAAAAUUGUUUCAGGCUUUAUAUAAAUCAGGCUGUCUUUAAGAAACCAGCACUACAGAGAAGUCAAGCCAUGUCGUGUGAUCUCAACAUUAAAUUUCUUGUCUUGACUAAUGAAUUUUGGGGGUGUUUUUCCUAACAAUACUAGUUUAAUUAGUAGACAGCGGGCUUCCUGUUUUUUGACUGAUGACAGAUGGAGUUUUUGGGAAACCUGUAUGAAAACAGUCAUUGUUGCAAUUUCUUUUGGUGCUGCGAGUGGUGCAAAAAUGACACACUUCAACUUUUCAAAAUGUGGAAAUUGUAUGUUUGAGACUUAUCUUUUCACCAACUCCUUUGUCUCAGGCUUUGCCGAGAUUUUAAAGAGAGGCCGACUGAUAUAUCAAUUUUACCGAUUAAUUCAGUUGCUUUUUGCAACUAUCGGUUAUCGGCAAAAAUUAAUGCUGAUAAUAUUAUUACCCUUUGUGUUCCUCUGUGGCCAAAUACCUUUCAUCUGAUGAAUAGAUAGGCUAUAAUAAGCCUAAUUGGUGAAUUUUAAAUGAUAGGUUAUUGUAACUGAGCCAAGUCUCUGUCACCGUCACACUUUGUGGACUUAUUCAUGGUUAUUAAUAUGAAAUGUUAUAAAUAAAAGAAAGGCUUAUGAAGCAUAGAAAUUACUGAAGAUUUAUUUAUGUGACCUUUUUAUAAUUGUUGAGUUCAUGUUGAUUUUGAAAGUCUGUUUUUUAUAAUACCGGAAUAAAGGGCAGUUGAAGAUCAUUGAGGAUCUAUUGUUGAUGAAUUACUGCUCAAACAUUGUUUAUUAGCCCAUAUGAUAAUGUACAUUUUUAUAGUGUUUUUAUUGUUAUACAUUGUAGUUGAUUGUAAGAGUGCAUAUUUUGUUUCCCUUGUGUGAUCGUGUGAGCUGGAAAUACAGACAUUUUAAAAUAUGAGU